GAGGACGCGUCGAACAGCCAGAAUCUCGACGGGGCCGAGCGCGCCCCGUGCACAAAACCACCCCGGCUCUGCCUCCCAAGCCGACUCCGACUCGGACGACGACCGAUCCCAUGCCACAUUCAUGUUGAACCUCCCCGAAGAUAUCGACUUGGACGCCCUGUCUAGCUUAUUACCGGACACGCCACUAACGAAUCCGGACCCCGAUACCGUUAUCUCGUUAUAUCGCUUUUUACUCGCCCAUGUUGCGGAAGCUGACGCGGUGCAGCGGGAGGUGGAAGAGCUACGUGCAGAGUCGGAAAGGAAGGAUGUGGAGCUCGACCAGGCGUUGCAAGAUCGGGACACAGCGACGAAGGAGCUGGAGGCUACUCUUGAAGCUACGCAGAAGGAGCUGCAGCAGGUGAAAGAGGAGAACAGUCGUCUUGCCACAACGAACAAGGAAUUGCAGCGGCAGAUCGCAACACUAAGCAAUUCACAAAGCUCAUCUUCUACGGAGGUGCUCAGCCUGCGACAACGCGUCGAAGAUGUCGAGCGCGAGAAACGCGACCUCGUCUUGGUCGUAAGCCGGCUGAAGGAGGACGGCGCCCAGCGCGAGGAGGAAAUCCAGACGUUGCGUACCAACCUCCGGCAGGCGCGCCAGGAGCACCAGACCCUGGAGGCGCAGCUCCGCGAAGCGCGCUCGUCGGAGACGUCGACGAAGUUCAAGAUCGACUCGCUCUCGCAGCAGCUGACGCUCGCGAAGGAGGAGCUCGAGCGCACGUCCGGCGAGCUGAGCGCCAAGACGGAGGAGUUCGCGCGUUACCGCCGCGCGAAGCACGCGGAGCUCGCGCAGCUGCAGGCCGAGCACGACGCGCUCACGCAGACGCACGCGUCGACCGAGAGCACGCUCAAGGCGCUGCAGUCCGCGCACUCGGCGCAGACCCACCAGUUGGCGCAGGCGCAGGCGCGCAUCCAGGAGCUGACCGGCGCGCUCGCGGAGCAGGAGGCGAACUACUCCACGGAGGCGGGCACGCUGAAGAGGCUGGUGAAGAUGCUGGAGGAGCGGGAGCAGCAAUCGAAGGUGGUUGUCGCGAAUAUCGAGCGUGACUGGGCGGAAGUGGGUGAGAAGACCGCGCAGCGGGAGAAUCACCUGAGGGAGAUCAUCGACAAAGAACGGAAGCGUGCCGAGCAGGCGGAGAAGCGAGUGGAGGAGUUGGAGGAGGCUGUCCAGAGGAUGCCUCGCGGUGAGCAGUUCAUUCCCAGCAUCAGUGCUCCUGGAACGCCCCAGACACCCGGUAUACCUGGCACCCCUGUGCGCGGCGGGAUAUCAAACAUUGUUUCCGAGGGGAGCUUGGGUUGGAGUCCUAGUAUCUCCAUGGCUGGACGAAUGCAGCGAAGCGGGAAGACAUUUACCGAGGUGUAUGCAGACUAUGUCCAGCUGCAGGAGCAAUACGCGCAGAAAUGCGCGGAAUGUGAAAAGCUGGACGACACGGUAAGAAGGGCGCUGUCUGAGAUCGAGGAGAGAGUACCGGUUCUCAAUCAACAGCGGGAGGAGUACGAACGGCUGCGACUCGAAGCCGAUGAACUCGCUAGCCAACUGGCGGAGACUAUCGCGGAACGCGACGCCAAGGCUGCCCAGAGCGAAGACUCGAGCCAGAAAUUGAGGAAAGUCGUUCAGGAGAAUGGCCUUCUACAGACACAGCUCAAGGACCUCGGAGAUCAAGUUCAGAAUUUACUGGAAGUCAUCGCUCGCAAGGAAGAUCCCUUGCUUGAGGCCAAAACGCGCGAGAAACGGGAUACAGUCCCUGCCGCAAACAUCGAAGAGGUCAUCACCGACAACCUUGUGCUCUUCGACAAUAUCGGCGCUUUACAGGAGCAGAACAUGAAGCUCCUGAAGAUCACCAGGGAGCUGGGCCAGAAGUUGGAGGACGAGGAACGGGACUACCGCGCUAUUAUGGAACAGGAGCAGCUCGAGGCGAUCAAGGAGGCCCAUGACGCUAUCCAGGAGCUCCAGGACCAGCUGGACAACCAGAAACGGAGCCACGAGAUCACCCUUCAGGCGUAUAUUCGAGAAAGAGACGCGUUGAGAGCUAGGCUGUCUCGGGCCGAGCGCGGGUUGCCUACCACUUACGGUGACUUACCUGCUCCGACAUCCUUCAACGGCAAGGAUGCCGACCUCGCGAAGGAACUUGCGGAGGUGCAACAUCAGUUCGACACUUACAGGACCGAGAUGGGCGUUGACGUCGCGAGGCUGCGUGAGGAGACGUUUGCUGCUCAGAAGGAAGCUCACCGGCUGUCCGCUGAGCUGGCUAAGGCAAACGCUAAGGUCGAUUACCUCGCAGACCGUCACCGCAUGGCGCAGGAGCAGUAUGCUAUUCAGAACCGGGAGCUAGACAGCUUGAACACUCGCAACAGGCAGCUUUUAGACCAAUAUACUCGGGUGGACAUCGAAUGUAACAGAGUAUCCGAAGACCUGGCGAUGGCUAAUAGCCGUGUGGAGCAGCUCAGAAAUGAGAACGCCAAUCUUCGCGCGGAGAAAAAGAUUUGGGAGAGUGUACAGGCUCGUCUCGUUGAAGAUAAUAAGUCGCUUGCCAUGGAACGUUCUCAGCUCUCUGAUCUGAUGGUCAACGUGCAACGGAUGCAUCAUGAUCUCGAGCAGUCGGGUCAGAACGAUCGACGUCGGCUGGAGAACCAAAUCCAGACGUUGGAGCGUCAAACUGAGGAUCUUCGUAGUCAACUCGCUCGCGAACGUGAGGCUGUUCGGCACCUAAGUCUCCAGAAGGACGUGGAGCUGAAAGAGCUUCAGACACGUUUGGACAAGGCCCUGGAAGAUUUGUCCAAGACUCGCGAGUCCCUAGUCGGAGCGGAAACGAGUAACAAGCACUUCCAGGAGCGCUUGGAUGAUCUCACGAGGCAGCUUCAGGGCAACGAGGAGAAGCUCGCCGUAUAUGAGCGAAGAUCGAGUGCUGUCAAUGGCAUCGCCCACCACGCCGACGAGAAUCUGAGUCGUGAACAACAAUUGGAAGCCGAAGUCGCGGAACUCCGAUCGGCUUUGAAGGUGGCAGAAGUGGAUCUGGCUAAUGCUCGUAGCCAUGUUCAGCAAUUCCAGGAGAUCAGCCAAGCGAACGAAAACGCGCUGGCGAGCCUGAGCGCCACUCACGAUGAGUUCAAAGCAUCCAGCGAAGCGGAGAUCGCUAAGCUUGAGUCCGAUUGCAAUGCACUGCGAGAGCAGCUUAACACUACGCAGCAGGAGUUACGGACCGCAAAUGAGAAGUUAGCCGAAGUCCAGCAAACCUUUGCUAGCGAACGGACCGCGUGGCUCAACGAUAAGAAGACGCUGGAGGAUGCCAUCAUCGACAUAACCAAUUCCGAACAGACUUCGGAGAGCGACCGCACCUCCCGAGAGAACGAGGUUCGGGAACUUGAAGCCCGUAUCAAGGCCGCAGAGGAGAAAUAUGCUCGUGAGGUUGUCGCUCACGCUGACACUAUUAAGCAUGUUGAAGACCUGAGGAAGCAAUUGGCAGGCACCCAGAGUGCGAUUCGCGAUAGCCAAGCUGCUGCUGAGACCGCCCAAGCAAAGCUUGCGACAUCCGAAGACAGCUGGAAGCACCAGAAAGAAGCUCUUGACAAGGAAGUGGCAGACUUGAACGUAAGGUGUCGUGAGCUCGCAGCUCAGAACAGCAUAUUGCAUCAACAUCUGGAGUCAGUCACUACCCAGGCUGCCCAAAUCAGGCAGGCUGCCUCGGAAGGAUCAGCAUUCAUUUCCGUGGGCGAAGGAGAUGCUGCGGACAAUGAUGUGAAGCUAGCAGAGUUACGCUCUGUUGUCUCGUAUCUGCGCAAGGAGAAGGAGAUCGUAGACCUGCAACUGGAGCUGAGCAAGCAAGAGAACCUCCGUUUGAAGACCCAGGUCGAACAUUUGACUCAGCAACUAGAGAACACUCGAGCCGCACUCUCCGAUGAACGUGAACGAGCUGUACAAGCUGCGGCUUCAGAAGCUCAGCACGCGGAGCUCGUCGAGCGAAUUAACCAAUUGACGAUCCUCCGGGAGAGCAAUGCUACUCUACGUGCUGAUUGCGAAGCACAGACAAGGCGCGCUAAUCAGCUCGACGCUCAAUUGAGAGAACUAUCUGCACAACUUGAACCGGCCCUGGAGGACAAUCGGACGCUACAUGCGGAACUCGAGGCCCGGGAUCUCCAGAUUAAGCGGUUGGAGGAAGAGAGCCGAAGAUGGCAGGAGCGCAAUGCUCAACUACUGUCUAAGUAUGAUCGCAUCGAUCCUGCCGAGAUGCAAUCUCUGAAGGAGGAGAUUGUCAAAGUUCAGGAACAGAAGGCAGAGCUGGAACAAGCGAUUGCAACCCUUGAGCAGGAAAAAUCUGAGUUGCAAAAGAGGGUCGAAGAGAUCGAUACUAGAUACCGCAACAUGCGGGAAACAGGAUCGAAGAACAACCAGAUUUACAAACAGAGAUUUGCCCAGUGGAAAGACGAGAAGACGAAGCUCGACUCCACUGUCGAAGAGCUCCAAAAUCAGAUCAAAACUCUCACUGAUGAGCGCGACGCUCUUCAAAGUCAAGGUGCUGCCGCUGCCGCUGCUGGAGAUAGUGCCAUGUCAGAACAGUUAGAGGCCCUGCGACAGGAAAAGUCUGCUUUGGAAGCCGCACUCGCCGAUGCCAGAGAGAAAGCGGGUCAAGUCGACGCGCUCGCUUUACAAAUUGCGGAGCAAACUACCGUUAUAACGACAUUGCGAGAAGAACGAGACCGACUGCUGAUCGAGAAGGAAUCUCUGUCCGCUGCCAUUCCCGAGCCUGGUAGUUUCCCUGAUCUCGACGCUGCCCGAUCGCAGUGGGAUAAUGAGAAGGCUGAGCUUGUGAAGGCUCGCGAUGCAGCCGAAGCGGCAGCCGAGGCUGCCGCUGAGCAGGCUAAGAAAGCUUCGGAAGAAGCUAAUAAUAUCCGAAGUUCUAAUGAGAAAUUCCAGGCUCGGAUACAAGAACUCCAAAAAGCCAGGCUUGCAGAUAGCCAGCGUGCUUCUGCUCAGCAAGAAGCUGCCGUUGCUGCCGCGGUCGAGCAGGCCAAGGGUGAAUUUUCGUCCAGCUCCACGUCGGAAGAGGUUGCUUCACAGCAUGCGGAAGAGCUACGUGCGCUUGAAGAACGUCUCAGAGCACAAUUUCAGGAAGAGCUCAAAGCCGCUGUUAGUGCUGCGAAAGCUGAAGCCCUUUCCGAGAGCGCGAGUGGUUCUGAUGUGGACCGGGACGCUGCCAUCGCUGCUGCGCUCCGGGAGCACGAGGAGAAGCUUCGCGAACACCACGCGCAGGAAAUAGCGCAGGCUGUUGAACGAGGUCGACAAGAGCAGGCGAUUAAGGGCAAGAUCAAGGACCAGCAGCUGGUCAGAGCGCAGACCAAAUUGCGAGAUCUUGAGGCACAGAUAUUGGAGUGGAAGAAAGCCGGUCUCGUUCCCGAGGAGUCUACGCCAGGCAGCGCUGCUACGACACCAGCACGGCCGGCUGCAGUGUCGACAGCGACUACCGCGUCAACAAGCGCUCCUACUGCUCCUGCGGCUGCCAAAGCCGGUGUUGCGACUCGUUCCGCCACCGCCGCAAACCAGACAGGUCCCAGCACUUCAACUUCCGCUGCUCCUGCUCGCAAGCCCUCGAUGGGAGGGCCCGCAGCCGCACCAGCUGAGGGUGCUGGCCGUGGACGCGGCGUCGUCCGAGGCGGCGGCGCCGCUCGAGGCGCUGCUCGCGGAGGCCUGAACAUUCGAGGAGCGGCACCUGGGCGGGGAGGCGCUCCCGCUGCAGCGGCUGCUGCUGCAUCGACCUCUGCAGGUGGUGGGGUGUCUAUAAUGGGGGCUGCAGGAAAGCGGGUGAGAGAGGAUGGUGAAGGUGCGGCGGGAGAUGAUGCGCUCGCCAAGCGGCUGAAACCUGCCGACACACCUGCGGCAAGCAAACCUCCAGUUAAGUUACGGCGAGACGGAGGAACUCCAUCGACGUAGUUGCUUGCGAUAUUUAUUAGUUUUUGGACUCCAUUCUCCGCAAGUUGUAUCAUUACCGCAUUUUUGUAUAUUGUUACAUUACGCAAUGCUUCCAAGCCCUCAAUAUUCAAUGGGCGUUAUUCCCUCGUGGAAUUGGAGUGAAGG